AGCUUCAGGAAAUAUAGGCAGCAUCCACCCCGUUUCAACGCUCACUCAUGAGCGCUACCCACAGCAGCGAUUACAACACUGUUGCUACAUUAAUCCAAGAGACAACCGGCGUGCUAAAAUAGAAAAAUAAACAGUCGUCCGUUGACAUUGUAGAUUAGAUCCAAUGUCAUUGCAACCAGCAAUGUUGGUGAGAUUUGCAAUAGCGCUCUUGGUGCUUUCAGUUUUUGAGCAAGUAGUGGGGACGGAUAUGAUCGAUUUUCACGAAAACCCACAAGAAAAACCGGCAAGCCAGAAAGGACGUCUUUCCUUACAAAACACAGCCGAGAUCCAGCACUGCCUGGUGAGCGCAGGCGACGUGGGCUGCGGCGUGUUCGAGUGCUUCGAGAACAACUCCUGCGAGAUCCAGGGCCUGCAGGAGAUCUGCAUGACCUUCCUGCACAACGCCGGCAAGUUCGACUCGCAGGGGAAGUCCUUCAUCAAAGACGCGCUCAAGUGCAUGGCCCACGGCCUGCGCCACAAGUUCAGCUGCGUCAGCCGCAAGUGCCUGGCCGUCAAGGACAUGGUGUCCCAGCUGCAGCGCGAGUGCUACCUCAAGCACAACCUCUGCGCCGCCGCCAAGGACAACGUCAACGUCAUGGUGGAGAUGAUCCACUUCCAGAACCUCUUCCCCAAGGGGCCGUACGUGGAGCUGGUGAACAUCCUGCUGGGCUGUGGGGAGGAGGUGAAGGAGGCCAUCAGCAGGAGCGUGCGGCUGCAGUGCGAGCAGAACUGGGGCGCCCUCUGCGAGACCCUCAGCUUCUGCUCCACCCUCACCCCCGCCCCGGACCGUCGCCACGGCGCCCCCCCGCACCCAGACGCCGAGCACCCCAAGAUCCUGCGGCAAGCGGACAAAGACAAGCCAGGCAAGGGCCCCCACCACCACCGGGGGCGCGGCGCGGGACACCGCCGCCCCGGGCCAGACGGGGGCGCCACUGAGCAGGAGGACCCCGAGACCAGCGACAUCAGGAGGUGAAAGAGCGGAGGCCACUGCCCCCCCCCACUACCCCCCCCUUCGCCCCCCCGCCCCGACAGCACCAACCUCUCUCUCCCCAUCCAGCAGACUGCCUCUCAACCACCGCUGACUGACACACAGCCCAAACAGACAGACAGAGCGGGGCGGAAGGACAACCUCUCCUGGCCCCCCCUCCCCCCUCCACCUGUCCUGCCCCCACCCCACAGAUUCCUCUCCUCAGUCAUUCCAACACUCUAAAAACAAUAACUUUGCAGGGUAUGUGUGGUGUAGCACAUUUUCUUACUCAAAGGCCAGAUUGUUUGUCGUUGUUGUUAUUAUUGCUGUUAUUAUUAUUAUAAUUAUUAUUGUUAUUAUUACAACUGUUAGAUUUUUAUGCUGAAAUAACAUUUUUCAGAUCUGCCCAAUAAUUGAUUACAAGAUUACAAUUUUAAAAUAUAUAUUUAUUUUCUUCUUGUUGCAAUGUUUUACACAUACAUACACAUGUACUAUUAGUACAUAUAUCCAUAUAUAUGUACAUAUAUGCAUAUACAGUAUAUAUAUAUAUAUAUGUAUGUAUAUAUAUAUAUAUAUAUAUAUAUAUAUAAAUUAAACACAUCACGUACAAGUAAAUACUUAAGAAUAAGCUUCCCCAUGAAUUUCUGUUGAAAUAGUACAUCUUGAACUGUAGAUAUGUAACAUACAUUGUUUUUAUUUGUUUGAUGAUGGAGGAGGUGUUUGUAUUAUAAUUCUGGAUACUUGAUAAUUAAAUACAAACUGUACAGGAUUGAAGUUCUGGCACAUAUGAUAUUGUAAUGCUUGAUAGUUAUGGCGUUAAUAUCAGAUUUGUACAUUUGAUAUGGUCGGCUUAGUUCCUGACGGGAUGGCGGUAUCUUGUGUCACAUCACUAGCUUUCUCCUUCAACUGCAGAACUUCACGUACAAAGCAAUGUACCGUAUCCAACCAGUAGGGGGCGAGAUGUUCCUGCGUCCUCCGUGUCGCUCAGUUAUGUGUGAGUUAUAGGCCGGAAACCGGCCCUACGCAAGUACGCAAACGCAAAUGACAACGGCAGGCCGACACUGCAGACACACAGCUCAGCUGCGCAUACUCAACGGCAGGCCGACGCCCUGCAGACACACAGCUCAGCUGCGCAUACUCAACGGCAGGCCGACGCACUGCAGACACACAGCUCAGCUGCGCAUACUCAACGGCAGGCCGACACUGCAGACACACAGCUCAGCUGCGCAUACUCAACGGCAGGCCGACGCCCUGCAGACACACAGCUCAGCUGCGCAUACUCAACGGCAGGCCGACACUGCAGACACACAGCUCAGCUGCGCAUACUCAACGGCAGGCCGACGCACUGCAGACACACAGCUCAGCUGCGCAUACUCAACGGCAGGCCGACGCACUGCAGACACACAGCUCAGCUGCGCAUACUCAACGGCAGGCCGACGCACUGCAGACACACAGCUCAGCUGCGCAUACUCAACGGCAGGCCGACGCACUGCAGACACACAGCUCAGCUGCGCAUACUCAACGGCAGGCCGACGCCCUGCAGACACACAGCUCAGCUGCGCAUACUCAACGGCAGGCCGGCGCACUGCAGACACACAGCUCAGCUGCGCAUACUCAACGGCAGGCCGACGCACUGCAGACACACAGCUCAGCUGCGCAUACUCAACGUGCGUUCCUGUGGAGGUAAUAAACCCGAGUCCAGGAGAGUUUUGAAAAGACGGAGCAGAAGAAAGCAAGAUGGCUUGAACCUGUUGUUGGCAGCUAUAGCGCCCCCUGGCUGUGAUGCUCGAUUCUGUAGCUCACGCUUGCGUCGCGUUAAGAAUUUCAGGCGGCACAUUUUAAAAAGUAACGAUGCGUGAAACCGACUUUGCGCAGCGCGAAGCGUCUGCGUUCGCAUACUUACGCAGGGUACGUUUCGGGCCUUAAACUUACGAACGUCCGUCAGACCAGGGUGAUGAAACGCAAGCGGAAAGCGGAGCGGAAUUCGACCGCGAACGCUUCGACGCGCGAGGAGCCGCGACACGCAGCAAGCAUCAGAACCCGCCGAACGCCCGCCGUCCCGCCAUCGCGCGAACGAACGGCCGCCGCCUGCAAGCGAUUAGCCAGCGCCGCACAGAAGCUCCUCCCCUUUCCGCAGCGACACACGCGAGCACGUCGCAGCCUCUGUCUGAGCCACCAGCGGACUGUCCCAGGACCCAGAGGCCUGGUUAAGUAGGCUAAGUCCACACCAGCGGCUUCGUGGAGUACUAUUAUUGAGAGUGUUAUAUUUACCGAGGACAUUCCCAGAAUUCCUCUGGUUCUCGGCCAAGCAUGAAUUUCAGAGAGAGAAAAAGAGAGAGAGAGGGAGAGAGAGGCUGGGCCAUAUGUGGUCCUAUGUGUUUGUCUGUGUGUGUGAGAGAGAGAAAGAAAGAGAGAGAGAGAAAGAAAGAAAAAGGGGGACACUCAUGUUCUCCUCUGUCCUCUUCUGGUGGCUACUGUCUUACUUAGGAAGGCCAUCUGGGGUGAGGGGGGUGUGGUGUUCCUCAACCCCCAAUAUGGGAUACCGGUUUUUUCCAGUUAUGCUGAUGAUAGCCCCAGACACCGACCACACAAACAGCAUGCAGCUACACACACACACACACACACACACACAAAGUAAAAAAAAAGGGCUUCUCAAACUAUGAAAAGAGGUUUAUGGAAUAUGUCUGAAAUAUGUGUAUGGAAAUAUCUUAAGCAUUGAUACAAUAAGCUGGUCACUCACUCACUGGAAUGGGGGCACCCAUGGAGUCCUCACAUCGUUUUCUUCCUCAGUGUCUUUCUGUUGAGGGAAAAAUCCCUUCAUAUACAAACAAUUUCUCCUCAGUUUUCACACUGCUGCGCGUGGACUGGACUCUUCCCGAUUGGCUGCUUCCACCUGCCAAUCACUACAGCUUACUCCUUCGUAGACACAGGAAGUGGCAAGGCAAUUUUGUGAAUCACCUCAGAUCAAUUGAUAGAAUUUAUGUAUACUAUAAAAUUGUUUAGGGACAAAAGCAAAAAACGAGAGAAAUGUAUCUUGAUAUUAUUAAAAAUUGAAUUUUU